AUGAAAUUCAUAGUGAUAGAGAUGUGGAGAAUGAAUGAACAGGAAGGAAAUGAAUGAUAUAGGACAAUCGAUAGAGUAGACAAAUAUCGAAGGGAGGAAAAAAGUCAGUCGACGUGAGAAGUGCACAGUAGUGGAAAAUUUUGAUAGCUUUCAUAAAUUUGGAGUCCAUUACAUGUUUCCGUCUCAGGAUUUCAAUUCGUGGCAAGAAGACAGCUGUUAUAUAUCCCCAACAAGUGAAAAACAUAUACUAACAGAAGUUAUAGGGUCGUGUUAGAACUAAAACUGUUAAGAGAGCCUCUAAGGUCGUGAUUGAACGUUUCUACCCUAAAUUAACUUUAGAUUUCGAAACCAACAAGAGAUUAACCUCUGAAAUUGCCGUUAUCCAAUCUAAGAGAUUAAGAAAUAAGAUUGCCGGUUACACCACCCACUUGAUGAAGCGUAUUCAAAAGGGUCCAGUUAGAGGUAUUUCUUUCAAGUUACAAGAAGAAGAAAGAGAAAGAAAGGAUCAAUAUGUUCCAGAAGUUUCUGCUUUAGACUUGUCCCACACCAACGGUCAAUUAGAAGUUGACUCUGAAACUGCUGAUUUAGUCAAGACCUUAGGUUUCAAAAUCCCAAUCCAAACCGUUGCUAUCUCUGCUCAAAGAGGCCCAAGACGUUUCGCUAAGAGAAACUAA